CGAGCUUUAAGUUUAUAAAACGCUACUUUUCCUUAAUCAACUUAUAAACGAACCAAAUAUGUAUCUACGGUAUCUUCUUUAAAAUAAAGGGCGCACUCCAACUCCUUAUACAUUUGCUUGUUAAUAGACAGACAGAACUUUGCUAAAACGUUUUACUAAAGGAAAAGGGCCAAAAAUGGCAACUAUAAAAUUGGAGUUCCCAGCAUCUCUAAAAACUUCAUAUACUUUUGCAAACUCUUUGAAAGUUGCUAUUUCAAUUCACGAAUAUGGUGUAAAGGCUCCUGUUGAAGGAGCUGCAAAUUGCCCUUCUGUUCGAUUGGUAGAUGCCAAAGAUUCAAGCAGAUUUAUUUCUGACGCCAAUGCUAUUGUAAGUUAUUUGUACUGGCAACAAAAAAAUGUCUCUUUCGAAGAAUUUUUGGACUCAAAGAUGUCUAUUUUAGAUUGGGAGGCUAUAACAUUUGGUAAUUUUGUGGAAGAAGCUGCCGAGAAGAAAAAAUUCAAUGAACUGUUGAGCCUUUUACAAGAAGCAAUUAAGCAAGACUCCAUUUCUGAGAACUUUACCCCUGCAGAAAUUGCUCUUGUUGCCGAUAUCCAUUUCUGUAUCACCAAUGGAGCUGGUCUGGAAGGGUACCCAGAAUUGAGUAAAUGGUAUCUCAAGACUGAAAAGCACCCUUCUUUUAUUAAUGCUUUGCGAGUUUGUCUUGAGAAAUCUUUAGGUCAACCCGCCGAGAUUUCCGCUAAGGUUCCUAUUUCUACAGAAACUCGGAAUAUUCAAACUACCAAUUUAAUGCGUGAGCGAAAUGCAUCCGAAAAACUUCUUCCUAAAGAAAAUGAACCUAACAUUUUGGUUACCUCUGCUUUGCCUUAUGUAAACAAUGUUCCUCACUUGGGAAAUAUCGUAGGAAGUACCCUCAGUGCUGAUGUUUUUGCUCGUUAUCAUCGUGCCCGCAAUCACAACACUCUCUAUAUUUGUGGAACUGAUGAAUAUGGUACAGCUACCGAGACUAAAGCUUUGGAAGAAGGUGUGUCCCCCAAAGAACUUUGUGACAAGUACAAUGCUUUACAUAAGCAGGUCUACAAUUGGUUUGAAAUUGAAUUUGAUGAGUUUGGUCGUACAACUACACCUAAACAGACUGAGAUUGCUCAACACAUAUUCAAUAAAUUGCAUGAAAACGGAUACAUGUCCGCCGACUCUAUGACUCAAUUAUAUUGUGAAGUCCAUAAUGGUUAUCUUGCUGAUCGUUAUGUUGAAGGAAUCUGCCCUAAAUGUCAAUAUGAGGACGCUCGAGGUGACCAAUGUGAUAAAUGUGGUGGUCUUCUGAAUGCUUUUGAACUUAUUAAACCCAAAUGUAAGUUAGAUGGUUCUGAGCCUGUCAAGCGUGAAACGAGUCACAUUUUCUUGUCACUAGAUAAAUUGCAACCUGCUGUCGAAACUUGGGUUACCGAAGCUGCUGUCGAGGGUAAGUGGACUGUGAAUGGACGGGCCAUUACUGAAUCUUGGUUGAAAGAAGGACUUCGUCCUCGCUGCAUUACCCGUGACCUGAAAUGGGGUACGCCGGUUCCUUUGAAAGAAUUCAGCGACAAAGUUCUUUAUGUAUGGUUUGAUGCUCCUAUUGGUUACAUCAGUAUCACUGCUAAUUACACUGAUGAAUGGGAGAAGUGGUGGAGAAAUCCUGAGCAUGUUAAAUUGUAUCAAUUCAUGGGUAAAGAUAAUGUUCCUUUCCACACUGUUAUUUUCCCUUCCUCUUUGUUGGGUACAAAGGAGAAAUGGACGAUGUUGCAUCAUAUCAACACCACUGAUUAUCUAAACUACGAGACUGGCAAGUUUUCGAAAUCCCGUGGUGUAGGUGUUUUUGGUAAUACAGCUCAAGAUAUUGGCUUAUCUUCUUCUGUUUGGCGUUAUUAUCUUCUGUCUACUCGUCCUGAAACUUCCGAUACCAUGUUUACUUGGAAGGAUUUCAUUACUAGACACAAUUCUGAGCUGCUUGCUAAUGUUGGUAACUUUGUUAACCGCACCCUCAAAUUUACCACCGCCAAAUACAAUGGAAUUAUUCCCCAUUAUUUGGAAAAUCCGUCUGUUGGAGCGGCCAAGUUGAAGACGGACUUUGUUCAAGACAUUAACAAGUUAUUGAAAAAAUACAAUGCUGCACUUGAGCAAUCGAAAUUACGCGAAGGACUUCGACUUGCGAUGGAGAUUUCUGCUCGUGGUAAUCAAUAUCUUCAAGAUAAUCGCGUUGACAACAAGUGUUUCUUGUACGAAAGACAAAAGUGUGCAGAUGCUAUUGGUUAUUCCCUGAACUUGAUAUAUUUGCUUGGUUCUAUCAUGUACCCAUAUAUGCCUAGUGUUAGCUCUAGUAUUAACAAGCAAUUGAAUGCUCCUGCAAUGGCUAUUACUGACAGUUUCUCUCUUCCUUUGCUUCCUGGUCAUAGAAUCGGAGAACCUGAAUACUUGUUUUCUCGCAUUGACGAAAGCAUGGAAGAAAAGUGGCGUAUAAAGUACGGUGGUGUCGAUGUACAAAAAGAAGCUGCCUAAAGAGACCUGUCCACCGUCCCAUGAUUACGAUAAAUUUUGAUUUAUUGGAAGAGCACAUAUCUUCUCGUUAUAGUAGUGUUAAAACUUUAGAAAGAAUAUUGUCUUCAUUUUUUUUUUGGAAUAUAGCGAAUCAAUUUUAUCAAGUAUCAAGUC